AGCAGAACGGAGUGGGGAUGCACACGAUAGCCGUGGAGAUGCUGCAGCUUGUGGCCGGGAUGUGUGUGUUCUGCGGGACUACCAAGAGUGCCAAGCUCGGCGUUUUGUUCAAGCUGUUCGCGUCACACGGAGACGGCCACGUCUCUCGACGUCGUUUGUUUGAGAUGCUGAAAUCGAUCCUCGUGGUGCUGUUUGCCUUCAGUAGCUACAACGCGACACGAGGCCACUCGAACGACGCGGGGUCUGUCAAUUCCUGGAGCACAAACUCGAUCGCGGAGCGUGCAGCAGGUGCCGUAGUGUCCAAGCUCUUCUGUGAAGCCACAUGCAAGCGUCCUGACUCGAUCAGCUUAGCGGAGUUCGCUGCGUGGUAUGCUGCGGGGGGAUAUAUGGACUGUCCGUGGCUGGAGCUGCUGGAUCUGUCCAAGUGGCCCGCCAAGGAGGCGUUCGAGGCCAGCAAGCGCGAGAAGCCUCUGAUCUAUGCGUUCGACAUGCUGGAGGAAGGCAGCAUCCUGCACUUCACCGAGAGCGACAUCUCGACGUAUCUCUUCAUGUUGCGGUCCACGAAGCUCGGGGAUUUGAGUGUCAGUAAAGUGUACGACGCGCUGUUGGCGUACGCUACUCCGUCGGCCGAGGAGGCGCUCAAGAUGUCGAAGGCAGUUGGGACGCAGAGUCGCAGGGGGCAGAUGUACUCGUACGCUGCAGUGGAGGAAGACGAAGGCGCGUAUCUCGUCUUGACGCGCACGAAUUUCUACGAGUGCGUGCGUAGCUUGGUGGCCAAGGAUAACAUGUCGGAGAAGGCGCAGCAGACGUCGUCCAAGCUGCUCUCUCGGCUGUUUAACGUCUUCGACCGCAAGCGCUGUGGUCGUGUGAAUGCGCUGGAACUCGCAUGCGGCCUCAGUAUCCUCGGCCGAGGCUCCAAGAGCCAGAAACUCUCGUUGGCGUUCGACUUCAUCACGAAAAUGCGGCAACAGAGACACAAAACACUGGCGAGUUAUGCGCCGCCACCUCCGAGCACUACGACGGGCUUCGGUGGCUUUGGAGCGUCCGGAACAGGCACGGGGGGCUUCGGAUUUGGCCUUGGAGGUGUUCCGAGCAGUCACUUCUCGAUGAGUGGAGGCGGAUUUGGAUUCCCCAGUACGCGUGGCUUUGGAUCGACGGCUCAAGGCAUGCGUAGCCGACAGGCGCCCCCGCUCUCCGUCGCAGAGAUCAACGCACUGCCUCACUCAGUGUUGUUCAUCUACUUGCGGUCGUUCUUACUGGCUCUUAUGGCACUCAGCGACGGCACGUAUCGUCUUGGCCUGGAGAAGAUUUACGUCGAAGCUGACGACUUCAUCGAGGAAGCGAUGGGCGAUCUCAUGACGGACGUGACGGCGAAUGGAGGCGCGACUAUCUCAGCGACUAACGGACUCUCUGGGUACGGUAGUGCGCGUUCACGGGCUCGUGUAACUUUUGAGCAGUUUGGCGAAUGGUACAACACGGGAGGCUACCAGUUGAUCUCGUGGGUGGAGCUUCUUGACGUCAGUAAGUGGCAACAGCAACAAGACUUCCAGGAUCAGACAAUGUCGGCAGCUGGGCCGGCUUCGACGUACCAGAGCAAGCGCACGGCUCCUGUUAUGGGCUCUCAGAGUCGUGGACCCAUGUCGACUGCUGCCCCGUUGCCAGUGGAGCCCAUGCAGCCCAUCCAACAGACAGUCAAGCCCGUGACACGUCGACGUCAAGUGCGUCAGAGCGACAUUGUGUCGACGCCGUUUGUGCAUGGCCUCCCCACUGCAGACCACGCUACGAAGCAAGAUCCUCGCGAGUCAACGGGUGCGCUCAGUCUGAGCUCGGACGGACCUGUUAUGGUGUUCGCAGUCGCCAAAGAAGCGGCCGAGUUGCAGUUCUUCAAUGAGGACAUCUCGACCCUUAAAUUGUUCCUACGACAGACUCAAUUACACAGCGUUACCUCAUGGGAAUUACAGGGCGCUGUAUUGGAAGCAUUGGACUUCCCCACGGCCAAUAGCACUGGCAUCAUGUUGACACGACGCAGUACGUUCCUCCGAGCACUGCAGAAAGUAUGUGGGACGCUGCCACUCAUCGCUCCGUCGAGUGGCUCGAAAGACCAGAUAGGGUUCCUAAGUGACGAAGGCGUGGAUAUGCUGCAACGUCUUCUUGGAGUGUUCGUGCGCGAGCCUGCGUCGGAUGACGAAGACGAGCAGAUCGCUGCAGACGGCGAUGAAGACGACGAAGCGGAAGACCCCGUGGAUGUUGGCGCAGCGAUCUGUGGCAUGCUGGUGGUGUGUGAAGGCUCCAUGUUGGAGAAGCUCAAGUGCUGUGCUGCGUUGAUCUCCGACGACGACGGCGCGAGUACGCUGAAAGGCGAAGGAGAAGGCGAAGAGGAGACCGAAGGACCCACCGUCAAGCUGGAGACCAUCAAGUCGAGUCUCAUGUGCUUCUUGAUGGCGUUCUACGGCAUGAGUAGCUCCCUUAGCGCUGAAGUGGCUCGCUAUUCCGCCGAGCUUGGAGCCGACGCGGUCUUACAGUCUUACGUCGAGGCUGAAGAUCCGGAUCUUGAGAAGGAAGUGGCUCUUCAAGACUUCACCGACUGGUUUAGCGGUGUCGGCUACCCGUCACAUCCGUGGCUGGAGCUGGCUGUGCUGAACCAUUGGCCUGCCGCGAUUAACGUAUGUGGCAGUAACGGGAUUACGGAUGACGGCGAGUAAGAGUUACAGUUACAGUCAGCGCCUUUUAGAUACAGUAAAAGCCACAGUAUACAUGUAUACUUGACUA